AUGAUUGUCAUAGUUGAUGCUUACGAGUUACGUCGCUUGGCACGCCGCUUCAAAAAAUUAGAUUUGGAUGGUUCAGGAAGUCUAAGCGUCGAUGAGUUUAUGUCCUUACCAGAGCUGCAACAGAAUCCAUUGGUUCAAAGAGUUAUCGACAUUUUUGAUGAAGAUGGCGAUGGAGAAGUUGAUUUUAGAGAAUUUAUUCAGGGAAUAUCGCAGUUCAGUGUAAAGGGCGACAAAACUGUUAAACUUAAAUUUGCCUUUCGCAUAUAUGAUAUCGAUCGAGAUGGUUAUAUUUCAAACGGCGAACUGUUUCAAGUUUUAAAAAUGAUGGUGGGAAACAAUUUGAAAGAUAACCAAUUACAGCAAAUAGUCGAUAAAACGAUACUCUUUCACGAUAAGGACGGUGAUGGCAAAAUAUCGUUCGAUGAGUUUUGUGAUGUUGUGGAGCACACUGAAGUACAUAAAAAAAUGGUGCUAGAAAAUAUUUGA